AGUGAAUCUCUCCUAACCUCUCCUGUAGUUGGAACAAUGACAUACCACGACGGUUUCGUGAUUUCUGUCCAACAUGUGGACAUUCGACAAGAUACUGUUCAACAAAUUUGGGCACACAACGCCACAGCGGGACAAACAACAGUAACCAUCAGAGGGACACUAAGGAUGCAUGAGGUGGCCAUUGGCUAUGACGUCACCACCGAAAUCGACGGUGAAAACCAACCAUACCACCAUACUAUAACGUUUGUCCACCCAAUGAUUACUUACGCUUUUUCGAUAAUCCACGAUGCCUAUAGGGGUACCCUGGCCGUAACUGUGGUAGGAGCGGUCUCAAGAGUAACCAACCGUUUGCCAUCAUUUAAACCCCAAGAUAGUUUGACUGAUAUAUUAACACACGUGUUUAAUCCCAAUACGGACAUUCUAGAAGCAAUGGUUGGUUGGGGCCCUGAAGUGUUUCAACCAAUCACACUCGAGCUGGUUACACAACAAAUUCCUUUUCCAGAAUUCUGUUAUAAUUGUGCUACAUAAAUACAUAAAAAAUUAAAAUAAAUAAAAUAUUUUAAAAAAC